ACCAGGUUUAGGGUUUGGCGAUUGCUGUAGGAAUCUUCAAGUCUGAACAGGUACAAAGUGUGAAUUUUUGUUUCCUGUGAUAGUGCGUGUGUGGUGGAGGCAGGCGUGAGGUUUUGCGCACGCAGAGAGCGUUGGGAUUGUCUAAGACACAUUUGUAGGCAAAUUCACCCUCCAACCGGUGAGAUCUAGGGAAAGGCCUGAGAAUGCCGGCAAGUAAGUCGCGAGGGCGGCGCAAGCUGGGUUGUACUUUGAUACGCCUCAAUCUGAUAUUAGAUUCUUCUAAACUCAAGUCAUCCGAGGACCUAUUCACUGAAGCCUUAAACACGGUUCUCACCACGCUCUACGGUGUAAUUGGAGGCGCUUUCAGUUGGGAUCUCGUGGAGUUUGACAGCAAAGCUUCUAUAGGUAGCAUCCGGUGCCAGAAGAGCGAUGAAGAGCGUAUAUGCGCAGCUGCUAGCUUUUUGACACAGAUUAAGGGCUUCCCAUGCCGCCUUGAAGUUCUUGAAUCCUCUCCCUCUCUUCUGCCCACUUUUGAUCUCGACCCCGACCUUUUGGACUCGUCCGCUUGAAGACGUUUCAAAGAACAUAUCUUCAUUUUACGGCAAUUGUCACACUCUCUGUUUCUUGCAACAUCCAGCACAUGCCAAGUCCCUCAAAUAUGGAUAAAGACAUCGAGAUCGGCGGUGUCGACCCCUCGCUCAGCGUCUUCAGUUAUGAUUGUAAACUCGGUGAGCGCGCCACCAGCGACGUGAUUGUUAGGCUACGAACCAUCCACGGCCGUGACGACUGGAUCUAUGCUCGUAGUGAGAUUCUCUGCGCCAAGAGUAGGUAUUUCACAUUACGUCUCUGCGACGAAUGGCCGACAUAUGAUCUCGUCGACUCCCGCUACUGUGUUGAAAUUAUUUGCGAUGAGUCCGACAUCGAACACCAUGUCAACCUCCUGCGCAUGUUGUACUCUAACCUCGAGGAGCCUGUCGGGGACAUGUGGCACAGCGUGGGGAAUGCGCUCGGGACACUGAAAGUGGCCACUAGGCUCGGCUGCGAUGCUAUAGCUACCAAGUGUGCGCGCUACUUGGAGGCUGUGCCGUGGGAGGAAGGCGAGGAGGAGGAGAUUCUCAAGGCAUUACCAGCAAUUGUGAGCUCAACACGCAAACUCGUCGCUGGUCUUGGCGCGGAGGCCCAGCCCGUCCUUGCAAGACUGCAACCUGUGGACGCGGCAUCGAUUCGCAACGUGUUCCUCUCCGCUGUGCACAUGGCGACAUCAUCUGAAAGCAAAUCUUACUCCAGCACAUCCUCGAAGCUACCGAGGGAUCUGAAGGCGGCAGCUCAAGAAAAAGUUGAGUACAUGUUAGAUGAAGACGACGAUGCGCCGCUGCUCAUCGCCGACGAGGAGCUAAAAGCCGCGCUCAAGGCGAAAUUCUUGGACCUGUUUGAAAGCUUUAAAUUUGAGCUGAGUACGCUCACGGAUUCCACACGAUAAUUUUGCGAGGCGACGAUCCUUGAGAAAAUCUCUGACCUCUUGUGGGCUUCUCGCGUCCUCCCUCAUGGGGGGCUCAACCCAGAGUUCGUGGAGUUUUGGUUGGAGGUUUCGAGUGAUAUAUCUGUAGCAUUGAUUAGUGAGAAGAUGCGGGAAGUUUUGUGGGAUACGAAGCUGCGCGUGAUUGAGAUCACGGCAACGGUGCUCCAUGCGGUGGGGUAUGGGAAUGUGACCUUUGAGUGCUGGCGAGCGCACGCGGCUGGUAAAGAUUUGGUUGCCUUUCAUUCGCGAAACGACGCCAAUGCUGGAGGAGAUGUUUGCGGUGCAGAGAUUGAGCUUAGAGAUGGAUUUAGACCUGUAUCAGAGCAUCCAGAAUGCACUUGUGUCGCUUGUGUUAUCGUUGUCUUCGGUAGAUCAGGCUGAGAUCCUCGCAGACUGGCUUCGCUGGGAUCACGCCAGGUAUGACAUUCCAAAUGUAUCAACCUGUUGCAAAAGAGCCAAAAGCUUCUAAUGAUUCUUGUAAAUGCCGAAGGGAAGAGGGCAACUUGGCAUUAUCUAGUGCCAGUAUGAAUGCCUCUCCACUUUAUCAUGCUAGGCAAAAAAUUUCGGCGAAUGUUAAAAAUAUCACUUCCCAUCUUAGGAAUCCCGUCACGGUCUA